AUGAGGGUGGCGCUGCGGGCGCUGCUACUUGUCGCUCUGCUUGCCGACGGCGCACCGGACCAAUCCCCAGGGCGCGGCGUGCGGAGACAGCCCACGCUGCUCGCGGUCGACGGGCGCGCUCUCGCGGAGAUGGCACACGUCGCAAAGGUCAUAAAUUCCGGCCUCACAAGCGCACUCCGACUAUCGGGCAGCUCGGCCGCCGCAAAUGUCGGAGCCAUUUCGGCAACCGUGCGCUCCUGGUGGACGAAGGGCGGUGUUAUGGAUACGGCGGGUGGUGCCCUCCUCGCUCUCAAGGCGUACACGCUGUGGUUCUUCUUCGGCCUCCUCGCGCUGCGCCUCUCGCUCGCGCCGGGGGCCGCAGGCGAGGGCGGCGUCGAGGAGGAGGGCGAUGCGGCCGCGGUGGACGAGACAAGCCGCGAGGACGCGUCCCUCGCACGCGCGCUCGCUGCCGCUCUCUGCCGCGCCGCCGCCUUCUGCGGGGGCGCUGCCCUCGCGCUGCUCUUUGGCGCGCUGCAGUGCGAGUUGGGCCUCUCCUCGCGACCGGCGAGCUGGUACUCGGCCAAGGAGGUCAAGGCCGCGUACCGGCAGCUCUCGCUGCAGCUGCACCCCGACAAGAUUCGCGGCGCUUCCCCUGAGGCGAGGCGAGAGGCGGAGAACCGCUUCAUGAGGGUCGCGAUCAACGCCGCCAAGCGCUAG